AUGGGUUGGGGCGGCGGCGCCCGGUCGCUGUUGGUGCGCCACUUGCAGCCCACCCUGACCUACUGGAGCGUGUUCUUCAGCUUCGGGCUGUGCGUGGCCUUCCUGGGGCCCACCCUCUUCGACCUGCGCUGCCAGACCCACAGCUCCCUGCCUCAGCUCACCUGGGUCUUCUUCGCCCAGCAGUUCUGCCUCCUGCUGGGCAGCACCUUGGGGGGGGUCUUCAAGAGGACGCUGGCCCAGUCCCUGUGGGCUCUCUUCACCUCAUCCCUGGCCAUCUCCCUGGUCUUUGCUGUCAUCCCCUUUUGCUUCAAUGUGGUGGUCCUGGCCAUUGUCAUGGCGAUGGCCGGCCUGGCCAUGGGCUGCAUUGACACCAUCUCCAACAUGCAGCUGGUUAAGAUCUACCAGAAGGACUCUGCCAUCUUCCUCCAGGUUCUCCAUUUCUUCGUGGGAUUUGGGGCCCUGCUGAGCCCCCUGAUCGCCGACCCCUUCCUCUCUGAGUCCAACUGCACCCAGGCUAAUGGUACGGCCAACGCCAGCCUCCUCCACCAGCCCCAUAAUCUGUCCCACCUGGAAAUGUCCUCCGAGGGGCUGGUGGUCACCCGCCUGUCCUACGCCUUCUGGAUCAUGGCCCUGAUCAACUUGCCCGUGCCCUUUGCAGUCCUGCUCCUGCUGUACAAGGAGAGGUUGGUUCCCUGCUGUUGGUGGAGAAGCCCCCGGCUCCUGGCCGCGGACGAGCUGGCUCUGGAGACGCAGCCAGCCGAGAAGGACAGCGGAUCUUCCCUGCCUCCCAAAGCCCCUCUGGACCAAGGGCACGACGACCUGUUCAGCUGUUGCCAAAGCCAAAACUUCAAAGGGGCCCCGUAUUCCUACUUCGCCAUCCACAUCGCCGGAGCCUUGGUCCUGUUCAUGACGGACGGGAUCACGGGCGAGUACUCUGGGUUUGUGUACAGCUAUGCCGUGGAAGAGCCACUCUCUGUGGGACACAAGGUGGCUGGUUACCUCCCCAGCCUCUUCUGGGGCUUCAUCACCCUAGGACGUCUCCUCUCCAUCCCCAUCUCCUACAGGCUGAAGCCAGCGACCAUGGUCCUCAUCAACGUGGUCGGCGUUGUGGGGACUUUCUUGCUGCUACUCAUUUUCUCCUCCAGUAUCAUCUUCCUGUUUGUGGGGACGGCCUUCCUGGGGCUUUUUCUCAGCAGCACCUUCCCCAGCAUGCUGGCCUACACAGAAGAUAUCCUUCAGUAUAAAGGCUGUGCUACAACUGUGUUGGUGACAGGAGCAGGCAUUGGUGAAAUGGUACUGCAGAUGCUAGUAGGUUCGAUUAUCCAGGUACAGGGCAGCUACAGUUUCCUGGUCUGUGGGGUGAUCUUUGGCUGUUUGGCUUUUACCUUCUACAUUUUGCUCCUGUUUUUCCACAGGAUGCACCCUAGGCCCUCAUCAGUAACCGGCCCAGACAAGGCAGCUGAGGUGAACAGCUCGGACUUCUCGUAUCAGAGGUAAAUCGCUGGCUGAAUCUUUGCAGCUGGAAAAGAAGAGCCCCAACUCUCUCAGGGCAAAGCACCAUCCACUCAAGAAUGUUGGGGAAGAUCGGGGCAUGAAGCACCGUGAAAUUCAGCCCUGGAUUUUUGGACGGUGUGAAGGCCUGGUGUUGGAGGCGGAAGGGCUCAGAUCAUCUCCAAUGCCUCUUUGACCUUAGACUGACUCCUCUUUCUAUCCAAAUCCCUUGUACUUCCAGGGUUUGAUUUGAGCUCAUUACUUGCUGCCUCCUGAACAGUUCAUAUGUGGUAUGUCUCCCUUGGCAGUCACUUGGGUAAUGACCUGAAACAAUGGAACAGCAAAGUUUUUAGUUAAACAAAAGACACUCAUUGGUAGUUGUCGGUUGGUAUAGAAAAGUGAUUUUUAAAAAUUAACAUGGAUGUAGCGCUUACUUACUGCUGCACUCGACAGCUGUUAGUGUGUUUAGACUUGUUAACAAUUUGGGGCAUGGAAAGAAUCCAGUGGUCUCCUGUGCUGCUGAAGGGAAACCAACCAGUUUGUAGAAACUGUGGGGUUCAUUUAGGUCUCAAAAUAUGAGAAGGUAAAUUCAGUGUGAACUUGAAUCCCAGUGUUUCCAAGAUGUACAAUCCAUGAUUUAUUAACCUGAAGUGAAGAAAGAGAAGUUGGAUGUUUAUUUUUCUCUAGUGUGAAGGGCUGUAGCUGGGAGAUAGAGGUGAAAAAUAAACCCUCAAUCUAUACUGUGUGCCCGCUACAGAGAAGAGCUUCACCCUUAUCACAGAACAUCAAAAUCAGGGCAAGGUCUUUAGCUAAGGAAAAGAUAAGGCUGUUAAAUCAGUGCAAUACAAAAAAGUGGUGCCUGUAGAGAGCUAGAGGUACUGUAUAUAGCAUUUCCAACAAGUACUAUUAACAAGGAAUGUAGCCAUGCUGGAUCAAAAAAUGAGAGUAGGAUAAGUGCUCGAUGUAUUUUUGUAAAGGAAUGAUUUUUACAAUAGCUUCUGAACUGUAUAUUGGUUUAGCUGCAAUUUCUGUAUGUAUGUGUGAGUGCAUAUGUUUAAAUCAAUCAAGCGGUGGUAUUUAUUGAGCACUUACUGUGGGCAGAGCCCUGUACUAAGUGCUUGGUAGGGUGCAAUACAACGGAGUUGGUUGUCACGUUCCCGGCCCACAAGGAAUUACAGUCUAGAGAAAAUGUUCAGAUUAAAGUGAUUCUGGUUCUCAGGG